AGAUAACCUGUUUUGUUAUGGAUGAUCUCUGAUGAUAAUCUGCAAAGGAACGUGUUUUUUUUAGUAUCAAGUUAAUUUUCCUCAACAUACUCUAGAUUCUCCCUCAGAAUAAUCUUCCUUCCUUCGUCAGUUUUGAUUAGCAUCAGGAUUUUGGGAAAUGCAUGUUGGAACAUUACCAAUAGCAACACUUAAAUUGUAUAGACAGCACUGAAUUAUUGAACGCAGGUUUAACAAAUUUAAACAAGUAAAAUUGUUUUGAAUGUUAGAUUUAUACAUAACCGGAGAAAUCUGGUUGUAGUCCUUCAAGAUAUUGUACUUAAUUUUUAUCAGAUUUAUUCAGUAAUUACUUGUAAUCAAUUUUGUGUUAAGAGUUGUGAAUUGAACAUAUUGUCAUUACAGAACAGCACAGGACAUAAGGCUAAAAUGAAUCCAGGACAUUCUUUAGAAUUUCCUUUGAAAAAUGAAACUGAAGGUGUAUUAUCACUACCUUCCAUAAAUCAAGAAAACAGCAACCUGGCUGCCUUUAGUGGAACCAGUGAUGGAGACUUUUUGUCUCUGGAUCCAUUGAUGGACAUCAAAAUAGAGCCAGAGGAAUUCUGUGAGUCUAAUGAAGAUGAUGAAUAUUCAUAUGAAAUGAAUUCAACAGUGAAUGAAAAACAUCCGCAAACUUGCAAAAAUGAAGUAAAACAAGAAAGAAGGAUCUGUGAUAAUAGAGAGAAGCCUUUCAUAUCCACUGACUGUGAGAAAGCAUUUUAUAAGAAAACAAAUCUUACAAGUGAUAUCACAAAUCCUACCAGAGAGAAAUUCAUAUACAAUGACUGUGGGAAAGCAUUUCCCAGGAAAGAUAGUCUUACAAUUCAUAUAAGAGUCCAUACGGGAGAGAAGCCAUUCAUGUGCAAAGAAUGUGGGAAAGGAUUUUCCAGGAAACAUCAUCUUACAAGUCAUAUGAGAAUCCAUACGGGAGAGAAACCAUUCAUUUGCAAAGAAUGUGGUAAAGGAUUUUCCAGGAAACAUCAUCUUACAAGUCAAAUGAGAAUCUAUACGGGAGAGAAACCAUUCAUUUGCAAAGAAUGUGGUAAAGGAUUUUCCAGUAAAUAUCAUCUUACAAGUCAUAUGAGAAUCCACACUGGAGAGAAGCCAUUCAUGUGCAAGGAAUGUGGGAAAGCAUUUUCCUUGAAACAUCAUCUUACAAGUCAUAUGAGAAUCCAUACAGGAGAGAAGCCAUUCAUUUGCAAAGAAUGUGGUAAAGGAUUUUCCAGGAAAUAUCAUCUUACAUGUCAUAUGAGAAUCCACACUGGAGAGAAGCCAUUCAUGUGCAAGGAAUGUGAUAAAUCAUUUUCCCACAAAUCGAGUCUUACAAGUCAUAUGAGGUUGCAUACUGGAGAGGAAAAAGAAACAACAUGAUAAAAUAAACCAGUUAAGGCAGAGAUCUCUCAAAUGACCAACUAUAUGAGAGAUCAAAAUCACUCACAAAAUCUGCUCAAGAAAAUAAGGAAAAUAAAGAAAAAAUACAGAAUAGGGAAUGAACAAAUCAGUGGAAAACUGGCAGAACACCAAGCCAAUAUAAAGGCCCUAAUUUCACAAAGAGGAAACAAACAACAGAAAAUAAAAGUAGAACAGAUAAAUAGGCAGUUUGGUGAAAAUCCAAAGAUUGUGUAUAGGAAGAUUACGAAAGAAACAGUGGAGGUAUGAACAUCACCGAGCAAGGAAUAUCUAGAGAAAUUUUGGAAGCCACUGUUUGAAGACCCUAGACAACACCAAGAGAAUUCAUGGAUUGACACCAUUAGGCAGAAGAACAGCUAAAAACAGCAAAUGCCACCAUUAAGGUUCACCAUCAAAAAAGAAAAAAAAAAAUAAAAGAAUAUAAUAAUUUCAAGAUAACAGUAAUAGCAAGACCCCAAUUUCUGGCUAAAAAAGAGCACAGCACUACAUCACACUUAUACACAAGCCUUCUCAAGAGUGGCUCACAACAAGAAAUACCAGCCUUCUCCCUAAAAGCUCCGAAACUGAGCUCCCUAACAAACAUAGGCCCAUCUGCUGCCUUCCAACAACCUACAAAUGCCUCACAGGAGUCACAGCAAACGAGAUCUGUUAACACCUAGAUCAAGGCAAAUAUAUGGAAAAAAGAACGAAAGAGAUGCACAUGAAACAAACUAGGCACUAAAGAUCAACUGCUAAUAAACAAAACAAUAUUAAAAGAUUGUGAGAAAAGACAAAGGAAUCCUAAUAUGGCUUGGAUAGAUUACAAGAAGGCAUUUGAUACUGUGCUGUGCACCUGGAUAUUCAAAUGUAUGGAAUUAGACAACAUCAAUGAGGAAAUAACAUCUUUCUUGGCAGCACAGAUGAGUAAGUGGAAGACCACACUCUGUCUAAGGGGAAAGGAUUCCCGAAACUUUGGUGUAAAUAAAAAGAAGAAAUGAUCUCCAGUAUUCUCGCUGUCCUGUUCAUUGUUAAACUUGAGCUUACCAGGAAGGGGGUCAGAUAGUAAUUCCAGACGUAAAAAUCCAAAGAGGAAUAUUCCAGGGUGACAGCCUUUCACGACUUCUAUUCUGCUUGACCAUAGAUCUGCUUAGUAAAAUCUUGAACAACAUUAACACUGGCUAUGACCUAAGCAAAAGCAGAAGCAGAAAAGAGAAUAAAAGAGUGAACCACCUACUCUUCAUGGAUGACCUGAAGUUGUUUGCAGACUCAGAAGAAAAAUUGGAAGAACAAGUUAGGACAGUUCACCAAUUCUCAAAUGACACCUGCAUGGAAUUUCGGUUGGACAAGUGUGCCAAGAGUACAAUAAAGAGAGGGAAGAGAGUAACAUCUGAAGGUAUAAAGAUAGAGGAAGGCAUAUCUGUUGAAGACCAGGCAGAGGAGUACUUGGGAAUAGAAGAAAACACUGGUAUAGAACACAAGAAAGUGAGAGAUAAGAUAAAGAAAGAAUACAUCAGCCACUUAAAGAAUUAACACCAAAGAACAAGAUCACUGCCAUAAACCAGCUGGUGAUACCAUUGGUGACAUAUGGUUUUGGCAUUGUAGACUGGCCACAAGGUGAGUUAGACAGGAUGGAUAUUAAAAGAUUCUCACCCUACAUGAAGUCACAUACAGGCACCAGUGUAUGGAUAGAACAUGUCUCCUUCACAGAGAAGGUGGAUUAGGCCUGUCUGAAGAUCAACCAGGCCUACAGAGCACCAAUAGUAAGUAUAGGGCAGUGCUUGAAAAGUUCUGAGGAUGAAAAUAUCAAAAAGGUUGCCCAACACCAUAAUGAAGCCCUGAGCCAACUAACAUCAAUAACUAAACAGUCUAAGAACUUUGCAGAUCUGAUAAAAGACACAGAGGAUACCAACCAGACCAACAGCAACAAUAGCUACGACAACUAAGCAGAAAUACAGUGACAGAGAGGAGAGACUUAAAAUGGAAAGGCAGAAAGACCAUGGAAGGACAGGAAGAUUUCAAGAAGAAUUGGAAAAGUUACAUUGACAAAGAAGAGUCACUUAGAUGGAUAGGAAAUGGAGAUCUUAGGUUAUGAUGGAGAGACUGAUAAUAGGAGCCCAAGACCAAGGCCUCCUGACAAACGGCUUCAAGAAAAUGCCAGGCAUAUCAGCAAUUGACCAGUGUAUGUUUUGUCAUGCAGUGGUUGAGAGUGUUAGUCAUCUGAUAUCAGCCUGCAAGACCCUGCUUGCAGAUGGUCACUACACAAUCUCACACAACAAGAUCUGUAAAUAUAUAUUGGAAAAUAUGUAAAGAAUACAGAAUUGUAGUGAAAGGAAGUGUGGGAGCAUGAACCAGAUCCAAUCACCUCCAAUAGGGCUUUACCAUCUUUUAUGACAAGGAAAUGCCAACAGGAAGAUAUAUAGAAGGAGGUGCUAUGAGACCUGAUAUUGUGAUCUGGAACAAGGAGGAAUAAACAGCAAAGAUUAUAGAUCUGACAGUAACCAGUGACUUUGGCCUCAAUAGAGCUGAAAGGCAUAAAUAAUAAAAUACCAAGACCAGAAGAAUGACCUGAAAAGCACAAGGGAACUGAAGGAAAUAGAAAAAAAUACUUAUAAAGAAAAAUCUGAGAAAAUAUCUCCAGGGUAUACGAAGUUGCCCAGUAUAAAUGAGGUGCAGAUUGCUGCCCUCAAAGCAAUGGUAAACACCUUAAAACGAGCCUUGGAUAUAAGGCUAGUGGAAUAUAGAGGUGGAUCCAUAGACCCCAGCCUGGGGCCCAUUGCACCCCUGAUAUAAAUUGAAAAAUUAAGAAUAACAUAAGCGAAAGAGAAACCAUAUAGUUGCUCUAUAUGUCAAAGAAGUUUUUCUCAACCAAGUCCUCUCAAAAGACAAGAGAAUUCACACUAGACAGAAACUGUUUACUUGAUCUCUGUCCAAGUAGUUUUUAUUACAUGAUUUUAUUUAACUUGACUCCUGCGUCUGUUUUGAAUGAGGUUGUGUCAAAAGGGGUGUGAAAACUCCUGCUAGAAAGAAGUCAU